AUGACGCCCGAUAGGAUCACGCUACAAAACUUGGAGAAGAAACAGAAUGAAAGCUUCAGGCAGUAUGCCCAAAGAUGGAGAGAAGUGGCAACUCAAGUCCAACCACCUCUUUUCGAAAAGGAAACCACAAUGCUUUUCAUCAAUACUUUAAAGGCCCCGUUCAUCACCCAUAUGUUGGGAAGCGCCACUAAAAGCUUCUCAGAUAUAGUGAUAACCGGUAAAAUGAUUGAAAAUACGGUAAGAAAUGGUAAAAUAGAUGCGGGGGAAAACUUUAAAAGACCGACUUCGAGGAAGAAAGAAGGCGAGGUAAAUAAUGUGAGUACAUACAACAAGGGAUAUUCAAAGCCAAUCACCGUUGGUUCACCAAGGACGGUAGCUACCAGUCAUCAAGGCCCUCCGAGGCAGGAGUCCAAUUCGAGAUGGUGGUCGAAAAGACUCAUCAAAAUGGGUAUUGUAAAGUUAGAUGACCCCUCCGGACCAAAUGUAGCAGGAAACUCGUUGCCCGAUCAUACGGAUAAAGGGGUAAAUACGAUAGCCGAGGGUGGAAGUAAGAGAAUUAAGGCAGUCGUGAUGGAGGUAAAAACCCCAUUGAAAUGUGUUUGGGAACAUAUAGUAUGUAGGGGUCUAAUCACUCGAGAUUUAGAUGAAAGGCCUAAAGGGGCAGGAAUAUACUAUGAGUUCCAUAAUAAGAAGGGUCAUAAUAUCCAAGAAUGUACAGAGUUCAAGACCAUGGUACAAAAUCUGAUGGACAAUAAGGAGAUAGAGUUUUAUGAAGAAUUCAAGGAAUUUGAAGAAAGAGAGAUCUGCGCCUCAGAGGAAGGACCCAUAGAAAGGUUCCAGAAGGUCAAUCACCCAGUGGUGAUUAUUUCACGGCCAAUGAGCAAUGAAGCAGGGAUACAAAUACCACCGAAAGUCAUAAUCCAAAAAUCGGUACCCUUUUCCUAUAAGGAUAACAAAAAGGUUCCUUGGAAUUAUGACUGUAACGUGACAAUUCCAGGAGAGGAAAACCCGAUAAAUGCUUUAGAAGAGAGUAAUGAUGAUGGCUUCUACACAUGUAGUGGAAAGCGUCACGAUCCAACAACUUCAGAAACAGAGCCUGCAAAAGGAAAAGCCUUGGUGGUCGAACAUAAGAAGGAAAAGGCGGUCCGACACGAAUCACCUAUCAACGAGCCAGUAACAGAGAGUAAAGCUAGGGAGUUUCUAAAGUUCUUAAAACACAGUGAAUACAGUGUCGUAGAGUAG